UUGUCAUUUGUCAAUAUGUCAUGUUUGUACGUCAUUAGUAUUUUCGAAAGAUUUGUUUUUACUAAUUAAUGUUCAACUAAGAACGGUCGGUCCAUGCCAGAACGUAGUAGUGUUCUUUGGUUCAGUGUACAGUGUUUAGAUUACGUAUGUGCCGUUUACGUAUUUAAUAGAUUGGAUACAAAAAUUACAAGAAAUGGAGGAACAGGGUCCAGAAAUAACGUUUUUAUUCCAAUUCGGAUUACUUAGAGAUGCUGUAACAGUACCCCAGUGCUCAUUAAAUCUUAAAUCCUUGAAAAAUUUGGCCUGUAACUUCCUCAAUGCAAAGAUACCUGAUCAUGGAAUUAAUAGAAUAGAGGACCGGUUGUUGUUGUUCCGGCAUGAGUACAAUUCCAAUAACAUACUUCAGUUCAUAAAUUCCGCCUCAGAAAUAACUGAUGAAACUUUGAUAGAAAUAGUUUUAACCAACAAAGUACCUUCCUCAUCAUCAGUACCAAAUAUAACCAUAGUCAGAACUCAUGCUCUGUCUGUGCACUCAUAUAAAACGCCAACAUUUUGUGAUUUUUGUGGGGAAAUGUUAUUUGGAUUAGUUAGACAAGGUUUAAAAUGUGAUGGCUGUGGCCAAAACUACCAUAAACGUUGUGUGGUAAAAGUGCCAAACAACUGCAGUUACAACCUGCUGGAGGAUAGGCAACGUCGCAGAUCGGCCAACCUGCAAGUGCCUAGGAGUCCAUCGGGCGGCUCCGGCGGCUCCAACUCUUCUUUGGGCUCGGCGAUCUCCACCCAAACCGAAGACAGCGGUCUGACGAACAACAGGUCGCCUUCGUUGGGAGGGCGGCCCGCUUGGGUGGAAAAGGAAUUGUCUGGCAGGGUGCGCAUACCCCACACCUUCGUUCUCCACACGUACACCCGGCCCACCGUUUGCCAACACUGUAAGAAGCUGCUCAAGGGUCUGUUCAAGCAGGGUCUGCAGUGCAAGGACUGCAACUACAACGCCCACAAGAAAUGUAUAGACAAAGUGCCGAAAGAUUGUACCGGCGAACUGCCCCGCGAUUCUUCCGGAAAUUACGAGUACGCUGAAAGCUCGGCAAGUAACGAUAGCCACUACAAUUUGAACAUAGCUGAGGAUGAACAAGACCAAGACUCGGACAAGGCAACUUUUGCUAAUGAAAAUGGUGCUAAUAAAUAUAUAGAAGUGAUUCCCGUUCACGAUGACGACAACGAGCUCACACCUUCCAUUUGUAGUUCAUCUUCCUCACCCAGUGCCAACAUUCCUUUACAACGAAUAGUUCAAUCAGUGAAACACACCAAGAGAAGGGGCUCCAAAGUGAUCAAGGAGGGAUGGCUCGUGCAUUUCACGAACAAGGACCGAACAAUCAGACGGCAUUUUUGGCGUUUAGACACGAAGUCCAUCGUUCUCUUUCAAAGCGACCAAGGCUCCAAAUAUUACAAAGAAAUACCUCUCUCGGAAAUACUGACAAUAGAUUCGGCCAGAAUCAAACAAGGAGAUGUGAUGCACUGCUUCGAAAUUCGUACGGCGAACGUGGAUUACUUCGUUGGACAAGACCCUUUGUACAACCUUCAAGAUAUAAAUUCCGUUAAUCUACCUCCUCCAGACAGUGGAAUCGGUGCCUAUCUUGCCAAAAGUUGGGAAACAACAAUACGUCAAGCACUUUUACCCGUCACGUCAAACUCAAAGCCAGAAGAAAUGACGGCCAGCGAGGAACAAGUAACCGACAUGAGCCAAAUUUAUCAAAUCUUCCCCGAUGAGGUGCUUGGCUCGGGGCAGUUCGGCAUUGUUUACGGAGGUAUUCACAGAAGGACCUCCAGACCUGUAGCCAUCAAGGUUAUUGAUAAACUGAGGUUCCCCACUAAGCAGGAAGCUCAGCUGAAGAACGAAGUUUCUAUUCUUCAGAACCUGUCGCAUCCGGGGGUUGUGAAUUUGGAGCGGAUGUUCGAGACACCCGAAAGAAUUUUCGUCGUGAUGGAGAAGCUCAAAGGGGACAUGCUGGAGAUGAUACUGUCACACGAAAAGGGAAGACUCACUGAAAGGGUCACGAAAUUUUUAAUUACUCAAAUAUUGAUAGCUUUAAAGCAUUUGCAUAGCAAGAACAUUGUACACUGUGAUUUAAAGCCAGAAAAUGUGUUGCUAAGUUCGGACGCUGAGUAUCCUCAAGUAAAGUUGUGUGAUUUCGGAUUCGCCAGGAUUAUUGGAGAGAAGUCGUUCCGCAGAUCAGUUGUGGGAACCCCAGCUUAUUUAGCUCCCGAAGUCUUACGCAAUAAGGGUUACAACCGUUCUUUAGACAUGUGGAGUGUGGGUGUAAUAGUUUACGUAAGUUUGAGCGGCACGUUUCCUUUCAACGAGGACGAAGACAUCAAUGAACAGAUCCAAAACGCCGCCUUCAUGUACCCGCCGAAUCCCUGGAAGGAAAUAUCUUCAGAUGCUAUUGACCUCAUCAAUAAUUUACUGCAAGUCAAACAGAGGAAGAGGUACACGGUAGACAAAUCUCUGCAGCACAUCUGGCUGCAGGAUUACCAGACGUGGAACGAUCUGAGAGCGCUUGAGAAUCAAAUCGGGGUCAGGUACUUGACGCACGAGUCGGACGAUGCGAGAUGGGAACGGUACAGGGCCGAUCUGCUUUGACCCGAGAAAGGCUGGCUGCACAAUGUCAAAAAGUGCCUUCGAGGUAUAAAGACAUGAGACAUCAUCUUGUGACAGCUGUUGUGACUACCAUUGGGGCAGUGUGUCCCAAUUUAAGGCACUUUUUAUCGAACCGACUUUGUUUAAAAAUAUUUCGUUGUACACGUUACUUAUAAUUUAUUGUUCUGCUAAUAUGUAGAAUAAGAACAGCUCUGAAUAAUGUAUACGAAAAUUUGUUUUUGAAUAUUCUUAUAGUUUGCUUCAUAGAUGAUUAGUAUUUCUUAAAGGUCGGUUCGUGAAAAGUUAUUUUAAUAAUGAAUUGAUGAUUAUAUACAAGGUUUUUUAUAAAAAUUGAUGGCCUAGACAUAUAGAUAUUAAACAAAUUUUGAUAUACUUGCAUUGCUACUCGCUAGUUUUAGAUUGUUCAUGUACAAAUUUAAUAUAUAAAACAAAAAAAUAAUAUUUAUAUCCUAGACCACAGUUUUUAUGUUUUAGGAUAUUCAGUUCUUAAUUUAUUAACAUACAAGGGACCUGCUUUGAGUUAUUGCAAUAUCCACUUUUGGUAGCUAAAAUUAAAAAUAGAAAAUAGAUUGUGGGCCUAAAAUACUCAAAAAUAAUUUUGGAUUUUUGGAAUAACUCUAAAGUAAAAAUGAAAUGUUUGUUGUCUUGUUGAAUCUCAUCAGUAAUGUUUGUUGGAUGUUAUUAAAAAUUCCGGUGGCUCAGACUCGUAUGCUUCCAAUUGUAUAUAAUGCAUUGGGAUUUUAUAACAAAUUGAUUUGUUUAGAUUUAGAAAUAUAUAUAUUUUGUUACAUGGUUUAUUUUACUCCUUUGCGAGAACUCACCGUACUUAAAAAUAUUUUUUUAUAAUUUUAUUUUAUAUUUUUACAAUGUGUUUUUAAUUAUUUUUUAUAUGUUUAUUGUUAUCUGAACUACCAAUAUUCUAAAAUAAUUGAAGCCAAGAAUAAAAUGCUUAAAAUGUUGUGAAAUUGUAUUUUUGAAAAACACAUUUAUAAUAUAAAGUUUUUCAGAAAUACAAACAUAAUUUUACUUCAGUGAAGUAAAUUCUUGAGAAACAAAUACUCAAUACUCUUUAUUAGUUUAGAAUUAAACAUUGCACACUAGUAAUAUUCAAGCUUUAAAUAUAUUCAUUCAAAGGAAAAAUGUUUUAUAUUAGUGUCUGUUUUGUAAUAAUUUAAUAUUCAUAACAUUGUUAAUUAUGAGUAAAAACAAUAAAACAUUAUUAAUA